UGAUUUUGCACACGAAAUUGAAUAUUUGUUUAGUAUUUUAAAUAAUACGAAAAUUCUUCAUGCUCUGAAUAUUUUAAAUAUUUUAGCAUACAACAUGAUUGUGUCAAGAUUCAUGGUAUACUCUUUGCAACAUAAAAAUAUUUUUUCUUCGACUACAUCAAUUGGUGCAAUAAAAUCUAUUUACUAUUCACCUGUAAAUUCAUUUCACUUGAAAAGUUCUACUAAUCAAAAAGCUGUUACUAAAUCUGAGCAAAGUGGAUCUGACGGUCAGAUUCAAGUGAGUUUUGGUGAAAAAGUCAAAGAGAAUACAAAAUCAGCAUGGUAUUUGUCAGUGAUAAUUGGUGGAGUUGCUGUGACAGGUCUUAUGUUUUAUGCCAUUUUUAGAGAAUUAUUUUCUAGUAAAAGUCCUAAUAGUGUCUAUGCUAGGGCAUCUGAUUAUUGCAUUAAUGAUCCAAGAGUUAUAAAUAUUCUUGGAGAGCCUAUUAAAGCUUAUGGUGAAGAAACACGUAGAGGACGCAGGGGCCAUGUUAUGCAUAACAUAUAUGAAAAAGAUGGAGCCAAGCAUAUCAGAAUGAAAUUCUAUUUGCAAGGACCUCGCAAGAAGGCUACAGCACAUUUGGAAAUGAAAGAGAACGCAAACGGAAAAUGGAUUUAUAGGUAUUUAUUUAUACAAACAGAUGAUAUUUUAAAAUCAGUGACUGUAUUAGAAGACAAUAGAGAUGUUGAGGUCUGAAAUCCAACAUAGACCACUUUCAGUGCAACAUAGUUCAUAUAUUACUUACCAAUUGUGAAAUCAAUAUUUUUGACUGAUGGUAGAUUAUUGUAAACAAAAUGAUAUUUUGUUGUUACAAAAAGUUAUUUUAAUUUUUGAAUUAUUUUAUUUUGUAAGUACUCUGAAGUGUUAUUUCUUCAUGAUGAAUGUGCAUGUUAACUCUAAUUCUUGUAAUAUUCAUUCUCCUGAUAUAAUGUGAUAUAAUGUGAAAUUUUGAGAAUCAUUUAUAAUAAAGAUGAAGCUUUAUUCAUU